GAAUCUUUGAGAAAUAACUUGGCAUCAUUUGUGUCGUAAAUAGUCAUAUUGUCAAUAACGAAUGACUCCAAUGGUGGAGCCUCUAAUUCUGGUAUUCCCAUACAUAUCUUUUCCCUUAAAUCUUCAGUAUUGAUUCAUAUUUAUUGUGCAGCGGUUAGAAUUGAUUUUUUUUUAAAUAAUUUUUAAAGAUAGCAGAAAAAUUGUAUUUUGGAAAAUAACUUGGAAAAUGUUUUCUACAAUUUUUAUUUUUGCAUUUGUGAUUUUACAUGUUGCGGCAGAAAUGCCCCCUUAUAUUCACGUAUGCGGCCGAAAAAAUCCAGAUCUUGAUAAUUGCAUUAUAAACAGUAUUGAAGAUUUAAGGGAAAAGAUAUGUAUGGGAAUACCAGAAUUAGAGGUUCCACCAUUGGAGCCAUUCGUUAUUGACAGUAUGACUAUUUCCGACACAAAUGAUGCCAAGUUAUUUCUCAAAAAUUCAAAGAUAAUGGGGGUUUGCAAUUUCGUUAUAAAUACUUUCCAUAUAGAACUUGAUAAGCUCCAAUUGAAUUUAACUGUUACAUUCCCAAAAGCUUAUAUAAACGGCACGUAUGAUAUUGAUAUACGUGUAUUGGUGCCUGUUGCUCAUAAGGGACCGAUUUAUCUUACUAUGGAUAAUAUAAUAGCGAAAGGCACACUAGACCUGAAAAUAAUAACCAGACACGGUGAAAGAUACGUAUAUAUAACAAAAAUAAAUUUGCAUCUUGGCAUGAAAGGAUUGAAAAGUAAGUUUGAUGCAAACGAAUCAGCUCAAUUAAAUGAAAUUAUUGGCACCUUCUUAGGCAACAAUGAAGAAGAAUUAAUCGCCAAAAUUAAGCCAUCAAUGGAAAAGGAAGUCUCUAAAGAAAUACUUUUGCUUGCGAACAAUAUAGUUAAACAUUUCACUUUUGACGAACUUUUUCCUGAUCGCGCAUAGAUUGUCAGACCUUCAAAUUUUAUUGUCGCUCCUUAAAAUGGCAGUUUAAUUAAUGAAUAAUUAAAACAAUUUGUUUACAAUAUUUCGAAAAUUAACGACAAAUUUUAUUUUUAUUAAAUAAUAGAUACAAGAAAAUUUGUAUUUUUGUAAUUAUUAAAUGCUCAUUUACCAGCGCGGAUGCAGAAUAAUAGUUACUUAUUUAAAAAUAUUUUGUUUGUUAUAUUGUUUUAUUUAUUAAAGAAUAAGCGUUUUAAGUAAAAUAUAUAGGAUACAACAAUUAUUAAGGGAGGAAGGUCAUGUAAAAAUUGAUUUUUUUUUGCAUAUACAUAUAUGUACCAAAAUAUUUUAAGAAUUAAAAGUUCAAGUCCUCAUAUUGGAGAUCGACAUAUUAACGAUCCUACAGACAAGGUUCAUACAUGCGCGUCUAGUAGAUAGUCACGCAUGUUUCUAAAGUUUGAAACAUGCCUGAUUAUUACGCGUUUUUCUUAAAACUACGUUUUUUAAAACUGCGUACAAUGUAACUAUUUGUUAUAAAAAAAUAUUUGAUUAAUAUAGCUGAGACUUAUAAAACUUAUAAGAAUAACUAUACAAACUAUUUUUGUCACAUGACAAAAACAAAAAUUUUAUGCGAAAAUUUGAAAUUUUUUCAAAAUUACGUAGAAUUUUUAUUUCAGUAUUUUUUACUAUCAGAUUUAAAUUCUUCCGGUGUGCAAUUUUAUCGAAAAGACAGAUUUGUUUGAUUAUUUAUUUCAAGAUGAGAUAAAAAAUACUGCAUUGUACGCUACUUGACGUCCUCGAAAACCGGAACUUGGAGAGCGAGCGUCAUUAUGCCGCCAUAUUUGAACUAAUUUGGCUAUAAAAAGUUGUUUCUACAUCUACGAAUUAUAAAAAAUAUGUGAGAAAAGUUAUGGACAGUUCAUUAAAAGUCUUGUGCCGCAAAAAAGUUUAUGAAGGACAGUUUUUUUCGGCCGAUCACAUGACUCUUCCUCCUUAAAUUAUCGACUUAAUAAAAUUAUGACGCGACAUAUUAUUGUGUACAUGAUCAUAGUUUUGUAACUAAUAAUUUUUAACUUGUAACUAUUAUAACAUUGUAACUAAUAAUUUUUAACUUGUAACUAUUAUAACAUUUUAUUUAAA